GGCUGCCUGCAGUCUGCUUCAGUGGGUUCACACUCACUGUCCUCUGCCCCAGCCCUCCACCCCCCACUACUCUCCCUGCCUCUGCCCCAGCCCAGGCCCACGGCCCCACCAUGGCCGACCAGUACCAGUUCAACACCAACGAGGAGAAAUUUGUGAAAGACAGCCACACCAAGGAGAUCGACCUGAUCAACAGAGACCCUAAAUUGAUCAAUGAGGAUGUGAUCAAGGUAGAGUUUGAGGAUGUAAUCGCAGAGCCUGACGGCACACACAGUCUGGAUGGGGUGUGGAAGCUCAGCUACACCACCUUCACCGUGUCCAAGUACUGGUGCUACCGCAUCCUCUCAGCCAUCUUCGGCAUCCCUGUGGCCCUGCUCUGGGGCUUCCUCUUCGCCUGCAUCUCAUUCUGUCAUAUCUGGGCCGUGGUGCCCUGCAUCAAGAGCUGCCUGAUCGAGUCACAGUGCAUCAGUCGUAUCUACUCCCUCUGCAUCCAGACCUUCUGUGACCCCUUCUUUGAAGCCUUGGGCAAAAUCUUCAGCAGUGUGAAAGUGGCCCUGCGCAAAGAGGUCUAGACACUCACACCAGAGGUGGCUGGUGAGGGGAGGAAGGCUCAUAAUAAUGAAUGGAAUGCAGUCAAUGGAAUGGAUCAAACACAUGGAAAGCCAUGUGUUUAAUGUGUUUGAGGCCAUUCCAUUAUUCUGUUCCUGCCAUUACUGUAAGCCUGUCCUCCCCAUUUAAAGUGUCACCAGCCACCACUGACUCACACCCACCACAGUGUUUACAUGUGUUUGGAUGAAAUGUUGCACCCUUUUUAUAUGCCAGACCAGAUGACCAGUCCUGGUGUCCUCAUAUUUCCCAAGACACCCCCCGUUACCCUCACCCAGCCCGGAGCCCUGGGCCUCGCCCAGUCCAUCUUGCCCUUUGAGUCCUGACAUGCUCAGAGCGACCAGUGCCAUUAGAGGCUCUGUGAUAGCUGCAGCAUGGUUGGGUGACAGCUCUGGCUCCGUUGGAAGGCAGAGAGCUGCCUGUUCAUUGAGGGAAUAGAGCGCUGGCAGCCAUGGAAUAUAUCUUGAGAUGCUGAGGACAGUAGCUUCUCGGUCACAUGACAUAAACACCCCAGUCACUCUAACGACAUUGCAGUGCCUGUAGGACAAUACUGCCUACACAGGGCUACACAGGGCUCUCCAACCCUGUUCCUGAAGAGCUCCAACCCUAAUCUAGUACACAUGAUUCUAAUAAUUAGCUGGUUGAUAAGCUGAAUCAGGUUAGU